UCAAAACAGGGGUUGGGGUGAACCAGCGCGGCCCGCGAGGCAUGCCGGGACUGGUAACAGAGCCUCCCGACAGCCUCUGCGGCAAGCGCGGUGCGUCGGAGCUGGCCGGUGGCGGCCUAUCUCCGCAAGAUGGCGGAUCGGCGGCGGCAGCGCGCUUCGCAGGACACAGAGGACGAGGAGUCCGGAGCUUCGGGCUCCGACAGCGGCGGCUCCUUGGCGCGGGGAGGCGGGAGCUGCAGCGGGAGCGGCGGCGGCGGCGGCGGCGGCGGCAGCGGCUCCCUGCCCUCGCAGCGCGGCGGCCGCUCCGGGGCCCUUCAUUUGCGGCGGAUGGAGAGCGGGGGGGCCAAGAGCGCCGAGGAGUCGGAGUGUGAGAGCGAAGAUGGCAUGGAAGGCGAUGCCGUCCUCUCGGAUUAUGAAAGUGCAGAAGAUUCAGAAGGUGAAGAAGGGGAGUACAGUGAGGAGGAAAACUCCAAAGUGGAGCUGAAGUCAGAAGCGAAUGACCCUGCUAACUCACCCACUAAAGAAGAGAAGGGAGAGGAAAAAGCUGACAGCAAGGGCACCGUGACCGGAGAGCGGCAGAGCGGUGACGGGCAGGAGAGCACGGAGCCUGUGGAGAACAAGGUGGGGAAGAAGGGCCCAAAGCACCUGGACGAUGAUGAGGACCGGAAGAACCCAGCCUACAUUCCCCGGAAGGGGCUCUUCUUCGAGCACGACCUCCGUGGGCAGACACAGGAGGAGGAAAUCAGGCCCAAGGGGCGCCAGCGGAAGCUGUGGAAAGAUGAGGGUCGCUGGGAGCAUGACAAGUUCCGGGAAGAUGAGCAGGCCCCCAAGUCCCGGCAGGAGCUCAUUGCCCUCUAUGGCUACGACAUCCGUUCAGCUCACAGUCCUGAUGACAUCAAACCCCGAAGAAUCCGGAAACCCCGAUACGGGAGUCCUCCACAGAGAGAUCCAAACUGGAUUGGUGAGCGACCAGUCAAGUCCCACCGACACCAGGGUCCAGGGGGCACCCUGCCACCAAGGACAUUUAUUAACAGGAAUGCAGCGGGCACCGGCCGCAUGUCUACUCCCAGGAAUUACCCCCGAUCUGGAGGCUUCAAGGAAGGCCGAGCUGGGUUCCGGCCUGUGGAGGCUGGGGGCUCACAUGGUGGCCGGUCUGCCGAUACUGUGCGGCACGAGCCUGGCUACCGUUCUUGGCGCCCAGAGCAGGCGCCGGCACGGGACCCCUCUCCAGAAGCAGACAUGCUGGUGCUGGGGAAUACCGAGAAGGAAGAGGCGGCUUCUGAGACACCAGCCGCUGCCCCUGAUGCUGUGCCGCCAGCCCCUGACCGGCCCAUUGAGAAGAAAUCCUAUUCCCGUGCCAGAAGAACCCGAACCAAGGCUGGAGAUGCAGUCAAGGCCUUGGAGGAGAUGCCCCCUCUGCCUGAAGGCCUGACCUCCGCCCCGCCAGUCCCAGAAGCCACCACUGCCCCAUCAGCGAAGGGCGGGAGUUGGGAGUCUCCUGUGGAUUCGGCCACAGGUGGACUGGAGCAGGAUGUGGCACAGCUAAGUCUUGCGGAUCAGAACUGGAGUCCAGGACAGCCCUCCUUCCUGCAGCCUCGGGAGCUCCGAGGUGUGCCUGACCACAUCCACAUGGGUACAGGACCUCCAGCUCAGUUCAACCGCAUGGAAGAAAUGGGAGUCCAGGGUGGUCGUGCCAAGCGCUACUCAUCGCAGCGGCAGAGACCUGUGCCUGAGCCCCCCACCCCUCCUGUGCACAUCAGCAUCAUGGAGGGACAUUACUACGACCCAUUGCAGUUCCAGGGACCAAUCUAUACCCACGGAGACAGCCCCGCCCCCCUGCCUCCGCAGGGCAUGAUUGUGCAGCCGGAAAUGCACCUUCCCCACCCAGGUUUACAUCCCCACCAGACGCCGGCACCUCUGCCCAGCCCAGGCCUGUACCCCCCACCAGUGUCCAUGUCUCCAGGACAGCCACCUCCUCAGCAGCUGCUGGCUCCCACGUACUUCUCCGCUCCUGGCGUGAUGAACUUCGGUAACCCCAGCUACCCUUACGCUCCGGGAGCUCUGCCUCCGCCACCACCACCUCAUCUGUACCCUAAUGCACAGGCCCCCUCACAGGUAUACGGCGGAGUGACCUACUAUAACCCUGCCCAGCAGCAGGUGCAGCCGAAGCCCUCCCCACCGCGGAGGACGCCGCAGCCGGUCUCCAUCAAGCCCCCUCCACCGGAGGUGGUGAGCAGGGGCUCCAGUUAAUUUGACACUCUGAAUAUUUCCAGUCCAACAUCAUAAAAUAGCUGUGAUCUCAGGAGAGAAGAGCACUCCAGCGGCCGCUGUUACCACCCCACCCGAGGCUCUGCGGAGGAGCUUCCUCCCUCCUCCCUCCUCCCUCCUCCCUCCUCCCUCCAGGACAGGCUCUGCUGAAAGUGGAACACAUGGCCAGCCGGGCCACCCAAGCUCUGCGCAGGAGCCCACCUCGCUGCACUUCACCUUCUCCUGGGACCUUCAAGGGUCUCUGGUCCCUAGGGAUAUCCCUUCCUGUGGUUGUUUCUGUUUUCUAAAAUGUUAAUUUUAAAAAAUCCUGGCUUGCUAUUUUUAAUGUUCUUAGUCUUUCUCCAUGAAAUGAGUCUGUCUUUCUGGCUUGCUGCCCUUUGGGUCCCUUCGCCUCUCCUUACAUCACAGCCCGCCGAAAGCACAUCCACCCGGAGUGAGGAGAGCACCCACCCUACCUGUGCCAGGCAUGCGCCCUUUCCUACGUAGGAAAACCUGUCCACGCAGUGUCCCACUGCAGGGGAGGAGUCGUCUGCAG